GUAGAUGUCGUUGUAAGCAACUAAGCAAUUAAGAAAUGGAGCGAAAUAUGCGUUGAGAAUGAUAGGUAGAAGUUUGCUUUAUUAUUUUAUGUAAUUGGUUUUUUUUGAUAUGAAUAAAGAAUUGAUUGUUAAUGCAAGCGAAGCAACGAAACAUUUGAAAGAUAUCUUGAGAAUUGGAAACGCGAUGGAUAAACAUUUUAAUAUAAAUUCAGAGGAAGAGAUUACUGACGAAAUUCAAGAAAAUCUUGAUAAUAAAAAUACAAUGCUUGGAAGUUUAUCUGAAGAAUCACAACAUGCUGUUCUUUCUGGAAAAGAUGGUGAUACUAUAUCAUUAAUUAGUCAGGAUGUGACUAUUAUUCCAAGUUCAUCAUAUAAUUUUUCCACGGAGAGGAAGAUGAAAAUUCAUAAUAUAGUAGAUUUUGGAUGGGAAACUAAAUUUUAUGUUGGGAAGUUAAUUAGUGUUCAUCUCUCAGGUACAUACUUGGCUUAUGCAUUGAAAGGACGUAGGAUUCGUGAAGGAAUUAUACGUGUUAUAAAUCCAAAAACGGGUUCCCAUUCUACUAUUAAAGCAAGACGACAAGUAAAAGAUUUAGCAUUUGCACAUAAAACUGACCAAGUAAUUUUGGCCUUUGUUGAUAAUGUAGGAUCAUUAUUUGUCUAUGAAAUUUUAGAAGAUGAUGGUAAACUUGUUUGUAAUAGUAUUCUGCAAGUCAAUAAGAAAGCUGAAAAUCAAGUUUGUGAAAAUAACAGAGUUAUUUGGUGCCCUUAUAUUCCAGAAGAAUCUAUAGAUUCUGCUGAUCAAACUGAAGAAGGAUCAGACAUUUCAAAAUUAUUAGUUGUAAUUCAUGAAGCAGAGGCUCAUAUGUGGAAUAUUGAUUUAGUUAUCAAAGAGUAUGGAAAAGGAAUUUUGUCUUUAGAUGAUGUGAAAGUAGGAUAUCAAACAAUUUUAACAGGCCAUUCAAUGCCUAUUAGAGAUGCUGCCUUUUCUCCUGACGGAUAUGCUUUGGCUAUAGCGAGUACCAAUGGAGAAGUUCAAUUUUUUGAAGUUUUUUCAGAAGAGGAUACUGUUUCUCCAAGAUGCCUUCAUCAAUGGAAACCUCAUGAUGGCAAACCUCUCUCUUCAUUAUUUUUUUUAGAUGAUCACAAAAAUCCCAAACCAACUGUUUAAUUUUGGAGAUUUGCCUUAACUGGAGCAGAUAACAAUCAAGAGAUUAAGUUGUGGAGUUGUGAAAAAUGGGUUUGUCUCCAAACAAUUCGGUGGGUAAAAUUAAGUAAUGAAAUUAUUUAUUUAUUAAUAUAUUUUUAUACUUU